CGUCGACACAGACACACACGACACCUGAUGGGGAAGGAUUCUUUGUCUAGCUUUUCCCGAGUAAUAUCACACAAAUUGUCAAUUUCUUGUUUUUUUUAUUCCGCGCAGACCAUUUUCGCGGAUCGUGGCAACCAUGUUCGAUCCCGUGCUCUCAACUGGCGCCCAGGAAGAGUUGCCGAGCCCUGGGACUCCGGGUCCAGCAACCGACACACCCAAGAAUCGGCUCAUUAGACGACGUAGGCUCCGCGCCUGUGAUGGAUGCAGGCAGCGCAAGAUACGUUGUGACAACGGCCCAGGGUCGUGUCGCAAUUGCCGGAUAUACGGCGUUGAUUGCGUCAUAACUCGCGCCGAGGACGGCACAGAUAUAAAGCGAGGGAGCUGCAGGUCUGACUGCAAUCGACAUGGAGCGAAAGCCAACUGCCAGUGUCAAACCCCAGGCUCUCCUCCAAAGACAGGAAAUGUUCCUGUAACCAGACGUCCGAGCCCAACCAACAGUCAACCUACUCGGCCGAUAACGGUUGGUCUCGAACCCGAUAGCGGCAACAGCACCGUCAACAACAGCAAUGAGACUCAAACCACCAAUGUCGAAUCGCCCAGCGCUUCGUCUCGGCCGCAUGAUGUCCUGGAGGGAGUCGUGGUCAUUGAGACCAGUAGGGUACCGCAGAAGAGCAAGUUCGCGGGGAUGAGCUCCGUGCACGUGCUGGCAAAAUCUGCUGAAGAGCUGUUCAAGAGCGAAGACCGGUCAGGACAGGUCGACGUCAUGGCUUUCUUUUGCCCGCUAAUGGCACUUUCUGAAGAGGUCGCCACGCCACCUUUGAUGCUUCGACCUCUGGUCGAGCGCGACAAGGCGCGAAAGUGCUUGCAGAAAUAUUUCGCUACAGUGCACUGUAUCGCGCCCGUAUUGGACGAGGACAGAAUCUGGCGCUUGUUCGAGGAUCUCUAUAGGGAUGGAAGCUCAAGCGACGUGAGCAGGAUGUGCUGCCUGUACCUCGCCAUUGCGAUAGGGGACUCGUCGCCGGACGGCCAUGCGAGUCGAAAUGUGCACUUUACGACUGUAUGGAGCUUGUAUGAUCGACUGAUUGCAACGCCAUAUCUUCCCAGUGUGCAGGCACUCGUUUUGUUGGCAAGUAAACCUACAGAUCAUCACCUGACUGCAACGUUGUUACUCAUGAACCUGCACCGGGACGGACAGGCUUAUUUGGCAAUCGGCUCUGCAAUACGCAUGGCCCAGUCAAUAGGCUUACACCGGCGACUUGCUGCCCACAAGCGACCACAAGAGCUCGUCUUUGUUCAAAAGGACAUUGGGCUGCGAAGUAGGGUCUGGUGGACUUGCUACUGGCUAGACAAAAAGCUCUCUUUUGAAGGCGGCCGGCCCUCAUGUAUUAGCGACCCAGACUGCGAUGCCGAUCUCCCCACCUCGGACGAGGUACUUUCCAGCUGCUCAUUGUCUCGGCAAAGUAGGCAGCCUGCGCACCCCAACGUUUUUUCGGACCUGAUCAACCUGUGCAAGGUCAUGUCCCUCAUAUCGUCGAAUCUUUACUCACGUGACGUGGCCGAAUGCUCCGAGGAGGAGCUGCUUGCGCGAAUAUCUCAAGCCGAGAGGCAGCUCCGUGGCUGGGCUGAGACGCUGCCAGAUGGCCUCCGACCUGGUAGGGCUGAGUCACUGCUGGCAGCGUUCGAGGCGCAGCCGGCCAGCCCUCAGUUCGGGUCACGAGUGCUGCAUUGCAUGUACCACAACGCGCUGCUGACGAUCCACCGGGCGUCGCUACUGAGCUGUGCAAACAUGUCCAGCGAGAGCGCGCAAAAGAUGGCGGCGGCUGCAAGGCCGGAUGCAAGGAUUGUGGCGUCUGCCAAUGCAUGUCUGAGUGCUGCGGCAGGGCUGGCAAGGUCAGUUGACGAGUUUGUCUGUACGCCGAGGUGCUGUGCCAUGGUGCGCUGGGCCAUGCCAUACAUACUCAACUCGGUUUUCACUCUUUACAUUGGCGUUAUGAAAUCUUCACUGAGCUGGUCCUGUGAGACCUAUAUAGCCAUCAUGACCAGUCUGUCGCGCUGCGUGCCACUGAUGCACAUGGAAGCGCAGACAACAGAAGGGUUCAAUGCACUGUUUGGGCGGCUGAGGGCUGCGAUGGAGGCAUCGAGACAGAAAGGAUUGGGUGUUGCCGGUAUCAGCGGCGGCGGCACUGGUCAGGCUCCUGCUGCUGCCACUUUUGCUGCAAAUGGACAGGUGCAACACCAGCCACCCCUGGAUGAUGAUUCACCAUCCUCUCUGGCAAUGCAAGAUUGGCGAGCUGGUGAUGAGACUCCACAUCAGCAGCAUGGUCCAGGAGAUGUCGGGGAAGAGGGACUAGGUGGCUUGCUUGACUAUCAACUGCAGGACUACAUGGGCGACGAUUUUGGGUUAUUGAACGUGGAUCUUUGGCAAGCGGCUGGGGAGGAUCUGGGGGCGGUUGGUAGCCGGUAAAUAUCAAAAUAAGUCUCAAAGUUUUGGCAUUAUCUCAACCAAAAGGGCCCACAUGGACUGGCAUGAACUUGUGCCUACCGUUAGCGCAACUUAGGUUGUCUCAGGCAAAUACAAGCACCUAGAUCUGUGGUUGAGGAAUUGGGAGCCUGGACAAAAAGACAAACACAGAGUACUGGCA